AUGAUGAAGUUCUCCCUCUUCUUCAUUAGCCUCUCGCUUACCAGCGUCCUCGCUCGUCCCUCCCUCGAAACCCGUAGCGCACCAGUCCAGGUCGCCCACUUGACCUUCCACGCUGGCCCGGCAUCCUAUGACCUUGCCGUCCCUGCUGAUGGCACCGAGGUCUUCACCAACAGUGACCUCUCCGUGAGCAUCAUUGAUGCCCCCGACUACAACGCCGGCACUCAGUGCUUCUUCAAGACCGACGGUGAGAAGACCAUCGUGCACAGCAUUGACACAUCGGACGGGAGCCAGCAUCUUAUCAUCGGCCCUCCCCAGCCCGUCCGAAGUGUAACGUGCCAGGGCAUGUGCGUGCCAACAUACGGGGAAUGUUAUGGAUCAGAUGGACAGUAUAUCGGGCCAUGCUGCAAUGGCUUCUGCGCUGCUACGCGCUGCCGACCAUGGAACAUUGGAAACUAG